CAACAAACUAUUUCUAUGCUUACUAUGCAAUAAAGACCUUCACUGGCAUGGUCAGUGACAAUGGAAUUGAGUGCCUUUCCGUUGCUUAUGCGGAUUUUCUAGGCAGCUAGCAUAUCAGAAGAAAAACGUGUUUCUGCAAUUGGAGCUGUUGCCGGCAUAGGCUCAGUUGCAUCUCUUUCUGGUACAAUGGCUGCUCGCUUCCUCUCCACUGCUCACAUCCUUUCUGGUGGCAGCUAUUUCUUCAAUGGUUGCAGCAAUAUACAUGAAAACAUUUCUAGAGGAGACAAGCAACCAUUUUCGGAGUGAUGAUGCUCUAAAUCAACCCAUAUUAGGGGAGAGCAGUGCAGAAUGCUCUCAAUCUGGAAGUAAUGACUCAUCAAAAAUAGUACCACAAAGCUUUAAGAAAGUCCUACCACUCAAGGAUAUUUUUUGCUUGCUCAGGAGCAGCGUAACUCUUUCGCUAGCAACAGUCAUUGCUUUCUUGAAUGGUCUUGGGGAAGGUGGAGGACAAACUCCAUUUUUGUAUUUCUUAAAGGCUCGACUUCAAUACAACAAAGAUAACUUUGCUGUUUUAAUGCUUAUUGGCUACAGUGGAGCAGCAAUUGGCCAGUUAUUCUUGAUGCCUCGGUUGGCUCCGAUUAUCGGAGAGGAGGCAGUUCUCUCCUUAGCCCUCAUUGCUGGAUUCAUAAAUAUGCUAAUUGAUAGCAUUGCAUGGGCAGUCUGGGUUCCUUAUGUUGCUAAUUUGUUGCCUAUCAUUGCCUUCCUAACAAGACCGGCUUUACAAAGCAUUGUUUCAAAACAAGUUGGGCCAAAUGAACAGGGAAUUGCUCAAGGGUGCAUUGCAGGCAUAAGCUCAUUCGGCAAUAUUCUUUCUCCAUUAAUAUAUACUCCUCUAACAGACUUAUUUUUAUCAGAGAGGGCUCCCUUCAAUUAUCCGGGAUUCAACUUGUUCUGCGUCGGCCUUGCUUGGUUGAUAGCAUUUAUCCCUAGUAUGAUGAUACAGUUUGGUCCCCAUAAUUCAAGACUCAAAAUCAGAGACGGUGGCUGCAGCUGGAAUGCUUAAAUUUUGAGGUUCGAAUUUUUUUUUGACUGAUUAGUAUGUCUAUGUAGUAGGUUAGGUAGUAUAUAUUGUUCAUAUCGACAGUAUUAGUACGUACUCUCGCUUUCUCUUGGUAUUAGGUUUCUAUGACUACCUAUCGUUUCUUGCAUUUUGGUCAUCUUACUCUUCUUGUUAUUUAUGCCGCUUUUACAGGGCUUAUCGGUGUUGUUCCUUCUUGUUUUUCUUUUCAUUAAUGUGGUGCUUGUGCUUUCUUGAGUCAAGGGUCUCUUGGAAACCUCUCUAUUUUCACAAGGUACGGGUAAGGUCUGCAUACAAACUACCCUCCCCAGACCCCACUAUGUGGGAUUAUAUUGGGUAUGUUGUUGUUGUAGUAUGUCUAUGUAUCUGUUAUGAAGAUUUUCAUUCACUCAAAUAAAGAUCUCGGUUUUCUAAAUAAUGAAAUAGCGCGGGUGGUUAGUUAUUUAUUUAUCUGGUUCGGAAUUACACCAUAUACUGUAAUGCUCAUUAACACAUCUAUUGUGGACAAAGUCUUUGUUUAUUAUAAACGAUAAUAGUCACGAUCCCAUCAGAUCACAAUCACACAUUCACACUUUAACUUUAUUCAUAGCGCUGGCUCCUGCAUUGCAAAGGAAUACGAGAAAA